UACAGGGGUGCAGGUAUGAAGAAGUGCACUCUAAUAACUGGGCUGUGCAUUGGCCCUGAUGAGCUGGGGGCUGUGAGGGACUCCUCGCUGCUCCUCUCCAGUCCUCUGCUCUCGUUUCACUGAUAUGGUCGUGCACAUAGGCAGUUACAAUUUCAGCACCACAGACAGCUCUCUCUCCAGCUCCAUCCUUAGCACCGACGCCUCCACCCUGCGGGACCCCCAGGCACCCCAGAGCCCCGGCGGGCUGAGCCGUACUGGCCACACGGUGGUAGCAGUAUGCCUCGGCUUCAUUUUAGUGGCGGGGAUCCUGAGCAACCUCCUCGUUCUUCUCAUCUUCGCAAAGUUUCGCUCCCUCUGGACGCCCAUCAAUCUCAUCCUGUUGAACAUCAGUUUGAGCGACAUCCUCGUGUGCGCUUUCGGGACACCCUUCAGUUUUGCCGCGAGUCUGCACGGGAGAUGGCUGAUUGGAGAGGAGGGCUGCAAGUGGUACGGGUUUGCCAAUUCCCUCUUUGGGAUCGUGUCCCUAGUGUCCCUGUCUGCUCUCUCCUAUGAGCGCUACACCACUGUUCUGCGUUCCACGGAGGUCGAUGUCUCAGACUUUAGGAAGGCCUGGUUCUGUAUCGGAGGCUCCUGGCUCUACUCUCUCCUCUGGACCGUGCCACCAUUCCUGGGUUGGAGUAGCUAUGGGCCCGAGGGACCCGGUACCACAUGCUCUGUCCAGUGGCACCUCCGUUCACCCACCAGCAUCUCAUAUGUGUUGUGUCUCUUCAUCUUCUGUCUGCUGCUGCCCCUUCUUACCAUGGUCUACUCUUAUGGCCGAAUCCUGGUUGCAGUCAGGAGGGUGGGUAAGAUCAAUCUGCUGACAGCCCAGCGCAGGGAGCAGCACAUUUUGGUGAUGGUGUUGUCCAUGGUGUCCGGCUACAUGCUGUGCUGGAUGCCCUACGGUGUUAUGGCACUGAUGGCCACCUUCGGCAGGUCAGGAUUGGUCACUCCCAUGGCUAGUGUGGUACCCUCCAUCCUGGCUAAGUUCAGCACUGUCGUCAACCCGGUCAUCUACAUGUUCUUCAACAACCAGUUUUAUAGAUGCUUUGUGGCCUUUGUGAAGUGCAGCAGUGAACCUGGGUCCAUUCUAGGGGAGAAGCACCCAACUCGGAGGUCACAGGCUUCUGGUUUCCUCCCUGUCCAUAGACAAGCCUCCCUCAGCUCUUCACCACCUCAGGAUCUCAGCAGCUCCAGAAGCACUAUCCUCUGCAGCCGGCACAAGGGACGCCACACUCUGGUUGUCCACUACACUCCAUAAAAGCUCUUC